CGAUACCUGAGACUUAUAGAGUCGAGAGGAGGGGCUAAAGCUUUUCUUCUUCUACCGGUCUACCUCCAUAUUUCUAAUAAGUGGAGAGGGAUUGAAAAUAAGUUGUUUCUAACCCUAAGCCUCCAAUUGGAAGCUUAUCUCUCUCUACAUUCUUGUUCAUUUUUUCGACGACACGGCUAAGUUGGAAGACUUGGAUCUUCCAAACAUUUGGAGGAAGUUUGAAUGGCUGCUACGGCUACAGCUUCAGCUGGGCCACGCUAUGCACCCGAAGAUCCUUCGUUACCGAAACCAUGGAGAGGGUUGGUGGACGGGAAAACUGGAUACUUGUACUUUUGGAAUCCAGAGACUAAUAUCACACAGUAUGAGAGGCCUGGUUCAUCUUCCCAUGGUAGUCCGAUCCCGUCGAGGCCUUAUUCAGUUUAUAUAAGUUCUUCGGCGGAAGUUCCGCAGUCCUCUAAUGGACGUAAUGAUGACGCUGAUAAGAGUGAAGGUACCAGUGCUGAAAAGAGUCAACAGAUGGCCAGAAGUGGAAGUACUCCAAAUGAAGCAGUUAUUGGAUCAACUCGUCAACAUGAACCUGUGAACACGGGCUGUGGUCUAUCGGCUGAAGCUUAUCGUCGUCGGCACGAGAUAUCUGUUUCAGGAGAUAAUGCACCCCUACCAUUUACAACCUUCGAAGCUACUGGAUUCCCUUCUGAGAUCCUGAAAGAGGCACACCAGGCUGGCUUUUCUGCUCCUACUCCUAUUCAGGCGCAAUCAUGGCCGAUUGCAAUUCAAGGUCGAGAUAUAGUGGCUAUAGCUAAGACAGGUUCUGGGAAGACCUUGGGCUAUCUACUUCCAGGUUUUAUGCAUCUCAAGCGGUGCCGCAACAAUCCGCAAAUGGGACCAACUGUAUUGGUUUUGUCACCAACAAGGGAAUUGGCAACACAGAUCCAAGACGAGGCUGUGAAAUUUGGGAGGUCCUCUAGAAUAGCUUGCACGUGUUUAUAUGGAGGAGCACCCAAAGGCCCACAAUUGAAGGAGUUGGAUAAAGGAGUCGAUAUAGUGGUAGCUACUCCUGGUCGAUUGAAUGAUAUACUCGAGACAAGGAGAAUUAGCUUGAACCAGGUCUCCUACUUGGUGCUUGAUGAGGCAGAUCGUAUGCUGGACAUGGGUUUUGAGCCACAAAUCAGGAAAAUAGUAAAGGAGCUACCAACUCGCCGCCAAACUCUGAUGUACACUGCAACAUGGCCUAAAGAGGUUCGGAAGAUUGCUGCAGAUUUAUUGUCCAAUCCUGUCCAAGUUAAUAUUGGUAAUACCGAUGAACUCGUUGCUAACAAGUCUAUCACUCAGUAUGUGGAAGUGCUCACUUCUGUGGAAAAACAAAGACGAUUGGAGCAAAUUUUGAGAUCAGAAGAACCAGGAUCAAAGAUUAUCAUCUUUUGUGCGACUAAAAAGAUGUGUGAUCUUCUUGCUCGUAACUUGUCACGACAAUUUGGAGCAGCUGCAAUUCAUGGUGACAAGUCCCAGAGUGAACGAGACCAUGUACUAAACCAGUUCCGAACUGGAAGAUCUCCUGUGCUGGUUGCUACAGAUGUGGCAGCCCGUGGUUUGGAUAUAAAAGACAUCAGGGUGGUAGUAAACUAUGACUUUCCUACAGGUAUUGAAGACUACGUUCACAGGAUUGGGAGAACUGGAAGAGCAGGUUCAUCUGGAUUGGCUUAUACAUUCUUUGCUGAUCAGGAUAGUAGAUAUGCUUCUGAUCUUGUUAAGAUUCUGGAAGGAGCAAAUCAAAAAGUUCCACAGGAGAUCCGUGAUAUGGCUCUCCGAGGUGGUGGUAUGGGCAGGUCUAGACGUCCAUGGGGUUCUGGCCCUGGUGGCCGUGAUGGAGGUCGAGGUGGGAGAAGUGAAUUGAGUUAUGGUGGCAGGGAUGGAGGAAGGGGCCGUGAUAGAUAUGAUCGGGGAUAUAAUGAUAGUUAUGAUGGCGAUGCUCGUGGGAAGUAUGAUAGAGGUUACCAAUCCAAGUCCUUUCGGAGUGGAGAAGGGGAUAGGGGCCGCAGCCCAAGCCCAAGUGGUCAGAUGGCUUGGGGUGGGACGCAAGUCAAGGAUCAGGGCUGGAACCGUGGGAAGAGCAGAAGCCGCAGCCGCAGCCCUGAAAGGCUAACUCGAGUUCCACCUGGGCGAAGUUUUCAUGAAAUGAUGAUGGAAAGGGCUCGCUCUUCCCCUCCAAAACAUCUGCAAAAAUCUUCAGCUGCUGAGUAUGGUAAUGGCCAGUCUGCGUGGGGGAAAUCAGUUGCUAAAGCUGACAAUGAAGUUACAAUCGGUAGGAACAGAUCUUAUUGCGGAGAGGACGAAGAAGAGGAAGGUGCCAUUCGUCCUGAUGGACAUAUGUGAAAAGUUUGUGAAGCUAACUGAUUUACUAUAUUCUUUGGUUGGAUAUGAAGUACCAGGAGGCAAGCAAGAAUCGUAUGGGACCUAAGUUAUUGGUGCAACUGAAUCUGUUAUGGCAGUGUUGAUUUGAAAGCAUUACCUAUAUGACUGAAACUUUUGUUCUGUAAUAUGAAAGUGAAUGCUAGGGGCACAAAUGCAGGUUCUAUGCGCUUGUCCAGGUUUAAAGUGCUGUGGGAUGUAUUUCAACUGUAUUUAUGUAGACGUGCUUCUUUUAGGAGCCACCACUUGGGUUCCAAGUAAGCAUGUCAAUUUUGGGGGUGCUUUAUCUUAUAUUUUGGCUGUCAAUGCCAUUUUGUUGGUGCUAAGAUACCAGAUAUGCAGAACUUUCAAGUAAAUCUAUGAAAUUGAAUUCCCAUUGCUAUGAGGUUUUGAACAA